AUGGGAUUCAGCACUAAUCCAGAUGCCUUGAUGGGACUCUCCCGCUGUCCUCUUUGUCAACUAGAAUGUGGCAGCAGGGAACAGCUCGUGACUCACGUGUACCAGCACACAGCGGCUGCAGUCAGUGCCAAGAGCUACCUGUGUCCUGUCUGCAGCCGAGCACUCAGCUCCCCGGGGUCACUGGGUAGGCAUCUCCUCAUCCACUCUGAGGACCAGCUAUCCAACUGUGCAGUAUGCGGGGCACGUUUCACCAGCCACGCCACUUUCAACAGUGAGAAGGUGCCGGAGGUAUUGUCUGGAGAUUCCUUGCCUGCUCCUCCCCCAGAGGGCUCUUCUAGCACCGAAGAGAAAGCUGCUGCUCUUGGCCCUGUUGUGUAUCCUGCUGGCCUCCUCCUUGUGUGCAACAGCUGUGUGGCUUACCGCAAACUUCUGGAAGCUCAAGCCCCAGGGGUGCGCAAGUGGGCCUUACGUCGGCAGAAUGAACCUCUAGAAGCAAGGCUGCAGCGCCUAGAACGAGAACGUACAGCGAAGAAAAGCCGUCGGGACAAUGAAACACCAGAGGAGCGAGAAGUGAGGCGUAUGCGGGACAGGGAGGCUAAGCGCCUGCAACGGAUGCAGGAAACAGAUGAGCAACGUGCACGACGCUUGCAGAGGGAUCGUGAAGCCAUGCGUCUCAAACGUGCCAAUGAAACCCCUGAGAAGCGGCAGGCUCGCCUCAUCCGAGAGCGCGAAGCAAAGCGACUGAAGCGGCGACUAGAAAAAAUGGACAUGAUGCUGCGUGCUCAGUUUGGCCAGGAUCCCUCGGCAAUGGCAGCACUGGCUGCCGAGAUGAACUUCUUCCCGCUCCCUGGAGGAGGCAUGGAAUUGGACAGCCAGUUGCUGAGCAAAAUGUCCUUUGAGGAGCCAAGCCCCAGCACACUGCAUUGAAUUCUUCCCCUAUGAACUCUUUGGACUGGGUCUUUUUGCUAUGCCAGCGGACCUGGAAUGUGGCUAGCAAAUUGCUUCUGCUCUCUGGGUGCUACAGGUCACAGUGGAAAUGGUGGGUUGCAGGGAGGAGACAACAACAA